CGAAUAACGGCCUCCACAAGCGCCGUCCCGCUUAUGCGAUUUGCUUAGCAAUCGGAUGCAAUGGGAAUUGCCCUAAGAUGGGGCACCCAGACCUUGACCACCCCUAGACCCAUAAAGGAGCUUGAGCAUCAGAUUGAUAGUAUACGCCCUAGAAAACGUGCCAAGGUCAAAGAGAGUCCCAAUAGCCGGUUCGCACGGAUUGAACAGAUCAUGGAGACCAAAAAGCGCCUUGCGCAGCAGCUUGAGCCAACCAGACUAUCACAGCUGACUGUAUCAAUUGAAUCUGAUGCCCUAUGUCACGAAUGGCAACUUGACUAGCUAGAAAGCUGUGUUAAAUUUGAC